GUGCAGAACAAGAGGGAUGGGGGACGAUGGGAGCCUACGCUUUUUGAUGACGCUGACGAUGCUGAUGAUGUGGUGGCGGUGUCUCGGAGAGCAUAUGGGACGAGCAGCCGGAAGGAGAGGAUGAAGCAGCAGCAGCAGCAGGAGGAGCAGUAGCAGUAGAAGAGAACGGGAGAGGGAGUUAGGCAGGGGAGGCACGCAGAGAGAGAAGAAGAGAGAGGGGCCGCUCAGCAGCGGAGAAGGGCGCAGCUGUUUGUGCUGUGCUGCCACUGCGCCGGUGCAGAGCGAGAGAGCAAGGAAUGCGCGAAAGGCUGGUUUGCUUUUCGCGGUGGGAUCGAGCUUCCUUGCGCCUCAGGGUUGGCGUGUGAGUUUCCGAGUCGUCGUUCUCUCUCGUGGAAGGGUCGAGGCUGGGGCAGCGGAAUGUGGUAUAUGUGUGAAGCACACCACCUCUUGCUCCCAGGCUCGGCAUCCGUUACUACAGGUUUGCUCAGAGGGGAGUGGAAGAGGAGUGAAGGAGCCCGCAGGCAGUGAGACGAGACGAAUUCGUGCGCGAGGAGCUAUUGGAAGACGCCAGAGAGAGAGAGAGAGAGAGAGAGAGAGAGAGAGAGAGAGAGAGAGAGAGAGAGAGAGAGAGAGAGAGAGAGAGAGAGAGAGAGAGAGAGAGAGAGAGAGAGAGAGAGGAAUGCUCGGUUUGUGAAAGGGGAGGGCGGAGGGUGACUUGUCUGAUUGGUCUUGCCAUCCGGAGCACGCAGGCAGGCGGUCAGACAGAGACGCACACGCGAACCUCGACGUGCGAGUUGUAGAUUGCUUGCGAGCAUCAGUGAAAAAGAUUGAUUCACGCUCAACAUGUUUUCCUACUCCGGACAGUACUCUGGAAGCCUGAGAGCUGCUACGAGCCGGGGACUGCCGACCCGAGUUCCGUUUUUCUUCCUGGAGUAUUUUUAGUCCUGUGCCCAAGUCUUGACAAUGAGAUAGCAACGGAGGACAGGUUGUGUGCACCAUGUUGUUGCAAGUCUUGCAUGGAUCGUAGCUGUGUUGAAUUUAGUUAGGGAUAGCUGCAGGCAGAUGGAAUUCGUGGGGUUUUGCGCUAGGACUGUUACGAUCCGCUGAAAUAUUUGCUCUGAAUGCCGAAAGCCUCACUCGAUGUUGAAAGGGGCGUGGAGCCUCGUCGACGGGUUGCGUGCAGCAGAAGAUGUGGCGUUUCUUUGUGAAAAGAUGUCGAUACGAGACAUACGCGUUCGGCAGAUGAUGUGCCCUGGUACGAAAGUAUGGUAAUUUGGCUCUGGGUUCGUCCGCAUGUUGAAUGCUCGAUCAUUGGCGUGCUUCCGGGCGCCUUAGUCGAGCAGACUGUACGCCGUUGGGUUUCGGAAUCUGUGGAUGUCCGCCCACAGUUGCAGCUUGUUUUUGGGGCAGCGAUUUGCGGAAAUUGAAAGACACUCAGCGCCUGGAAGACGAGCGCUGAAAAUGUCCUCAACUCCAUGGCGUUGUAAUGGAGGAGUUCUCGUGAUCUUUGGAAGGAGCACAAUGGAGUUGAUUAUAGUUAGUAUUAGGGACUGCCCCGCCUCGUGAGAAAAGCUUCACAGGAUCGAGAGAGAUAAUGGUUUUCAUAAGGAGACGAAUUUUGUUGUCUUUCCGUAGUAUCUUCAUGAGAAGCAAUACGAGGCUAGUCAUAGGGUGGUUUGUUCUUUGAAGCAGAAGGCUGCCGGAAGGUCUCGUUAAGAGUGAAUUGAUAUCGGCAGCGGCUAGUAUAGGAAGAAACUGGUUUGGAAUAGGAAAGAGUUUCAAGAUGGGAUUGCCUCAAGUGUCGAGUGCCGAAGAGGCAGGGGAGAAUGUUGGAGCAGCCGCUGUGCAGCGCCUAUGCUCACUACCUGGGCCUCAGUUCUAUCGUACUGCUGGCCAGGACAGUGGCAGAGGUGUGAAUGUUAGAGAUAGAGAUGGGGCUGCACCCGGGCCCCUGCCUUUGGUGGGGUUGAAAGGAACUCUGAAAUCGCUGGCAGACAAGAGUCCACCAGGUCGGAAGGGGUAUAUUGAGUUUUGCGAUUGCACGAGCUUUGAUAGUUCUUCGUCCGGUCAGCUUUGCAGCUCACACAGCAACAGGGAUGUUGAAGUUCAGAAAGAAGCUUGGAAGUACCCUCCAGGCGCCGGUGGAGGGAGGGGAAGAGGGCUUGGAGAGAAACUCAAUCAGACAACAAGAUCUCUUAUAUCCGUCAAUAGUGCAGUCCCAGCUUCUUCAACAAUAGUGGGGUUCGAUUCUCGGAAUUCUUCCUCUCCUAGAACCUUGAAGCCCACCAGCUGGGAGAAGGAUGUUGACUCGUUGUUGCCCUCGUUGCAUGAAGUUGCUGUUGCUAACAAAGGAGCAAAUGGCGAGCCACUUGAACACGAGCUGCGAAGGAGAACAUCUUCUCCCCUUGCUGAUAUGCUUGCGUCUGGUCCUAACGCUGGAAUUUUGGACUACAUUGCAGACGACUUGGAUGAAGUGUUAGAGCAUGGCGGACAUAGUGAAGUAGAUGGUGCCACUGGUAGUUCCUGUAAAUACAUUGCUUUCAGUUCAGUGAAUUCAGUAAUAAGUAAUCCUGUUCCCAUACCUGGAGCGUUCGAAAGGGAUCGAAGUCGAGGAGAAGCAACUAGAGAGUUUGUACGUGCUCCAACCGAUGGGCCUGUUCUUACCGACAGGCCCGAGAGAACUGGACUGGAGGCUCGAGUCUCUCCGGGUGCUUCCUCGUUUGAGCGGACGAGUGAGAGAACUCUGGAGCAGCACAGGCCUGGGAUGCUAGAUUGCAAGUCGAAGUGGUCUUUCUCACCUCGGCCGGGCCUGUCACCAAUUUUGUCCCUGUCCCCUCUUGGUCCUCGACUUUUAACCUCAAUAGGAGCUGAGCAAGUACUCAGGAGGUCUUUUGAACUGAAUAACUCGUUGGUAUCUCCUCCAAGGCCAACGCGAUUGAAGGGGGUCGGAUAUGAUGAAGAAAAUGACGACAGUAAAUCCGAACACUUGAAGGAAGAGGAACUCCGAGAUGAAUGUAAAUAUAGCUGGAGUACCCCUCGGAAACAAGUUACUUACAGUGGAUCAAGUUGGGGUCUCGAGGCGACUUCUGCUCCAUCGGUCGUCGGUAUCAAGAGUACUGGAGGCGCAGCUUUGCUGGUUACCAGACGGUCUCUUGUUGGCUCGUUUGAGGAGUCACUGCUUUCUGGACGGUUCCUUGCUGGGAAGCCCUGCCAGCGACUAGAUGGCUUUUUAGCAUUGCUCACUGUUUCCGGCGGGAGCUGGUCACCUCCCAUGAAAAGACUUCCAUUUUCUGUGACUUGUGUUGAUGGAGAUAGUUCCCUUAUGUACUAUGCUGCAUCCAUCGAUCUUGCUGGAAGUGUCGUGGGAAACAAGUCUAAGCUAAUCCGAAAUCGAGUUUGUGAUUCUUCUCGAGGAAGCAAAAGUCGAUUUCGGAUUCCUGUCCGUGGGCGAGUACAGUUGGUUUUGAGCAAUCCAGAAAUGACUCCUGUCCACACCUUCAUAUGCAGUUACGAUCUGUCUGAUAUGCCACCUGGGACAAAGACGUUUCUACGACACAAAGUAUCUUUAGCUCCCAGUACCUCAAAAAGAGAGAUCAUUACAGCUUCAGGGAGCCUAAAUUCUUCACAGCCUUCUCGUUCAGUACGUUCGGGUCCCAGAUGUAGUUUCUCCAGUUUCAAUGGAGGCAAUAGCAACCCAAAAGACGGGUUGGGAGUGUACAGCAAUCGAACGUGGGAGGAGGCAAAGCUGUCUGAUGCAGGUACCCAGUCAAUCGGAAGUAGAAAAAGCUCAUCCAAACCUGUGUGUAGUUGCCCAGAUAGUUGCAACCACGAAGCUCUCGAUGUUGCUAAGUUUUCUGGACGAUCGUGUUCAAGCCUGAUUGAAUGCGAUAAGUUGAAUGGGCGAAGGGAUGAUGAUUCAAACGAUGGAGCACAUAAUCGGAUCAAUAACACCGUCGUUCAUGAAAAUUCAGAGGGUUCAAAUCGGAAAGAAGAACAGAAUUAUCAAGAAUCGGAUCUCUCCCGUUUUUCAACAACGGGUCUUAGCAUGGAAAGUGCCUCAGCACACCUCAACAGCCCUGGAAGUGUAAAAGGCCUGUAUAGUGGAGGGAGCUCACUUCGAUAUGCCCUCCAUCUUCGUUUCAUGUGUCCCUCUUUAAAGAAGGAUAAGACCUGUGGACUACCUUCUGUCCAAACACCGGAGUCUUCUAAAGUACCUCCAUCCGGGGCGAACAAGGGGACAGAAGUGAAGGAUGAACGACGCUUCUAUAUUUACGAGGAUCUACGCGUCGUUUUUCCACAGAGGCAGUCUGAUUCUGAUGAGGGCAAGCUGCAAGUGGAGUACGAUUUUCCUGCAGACCCCAAGUACUUUGAGUACAGCUGAUAGCUCAUUAUCAAAAGCUGCUGCUCAAGCUUUUUGUAGGGCAUCUGCUUUUAGCCACAAACAGCCCUCUUUCAUUAUUUUGGGGUUUGCUCACAUCCUCCUUGUUGUCAGGAUUCUUUGACAACAUAGGGCUCUGAGUUUUGUGUCUCUGAAUGUACAUAAUUUCUGUAACACUUGAUUCUAUUUUCCUUGACACUCAACACCAUCCUAUGAUUGAAUGAGCAGUGAUGUUUAUUCCAACGAGGAUAAUAGAUGCAAGGACGUUACUGCUUUGAAGGGACACCAAUGCAUGAAAAUGUGCGUUGGAAUUGCUGUCAUAGAAACCAUGCACUGGAGCGCAACAUGACAAACUUUGCCUUUUGAGGAUUCGAUGUAGUGCUAAUCAUCUCGAGACCCUCCAUGAGACCGUAGGUGCGCUGCUGCCCUUGAAAUAUAUCUCAUCGCACUACAGGCAGGAAAACACUAUGAGACAUCAGUGAGAUGACGGAUACUCAUCCUAUCAUGCAUGACUCGAUGAUACUGUCGCAUCUGAUUGAGAGGUGUUGCCUUGUACAAAUAUCUGAACUUCUGUUCACGCUUGUUCUCAAUAAGACUGCAGGUCGAAAACACU